AUGAACGAUUUUCAUGGAAAUAACGCGGCUGAACUCUUUGAUCCUAUUUCUGAAGAAGCUACAGAAAUUCCAUACGAUCCAGCUACACAACUUGACGACUGGAUCAUAAAGCGGCAGAUUGCACACGAUUACGAUCGAUUUGAUGGAGUUUUCGGACAAGCAGAACCACAUCGUGGGCAUCGCUGUUUUGACUGGAGAACAAUGUGGCAUAAUAUUUAUGGUCUGAUGAUGAACUGGAAAUGUCCUAUCAUUUUUGCAUUGUUUAUGAUUAUUCUUGGUUGCAGCUAUAUGAACACUAAGAUCUCACCGGUAGUUAGUGAAGAUUUAAAAGCAAAUAAUACGCUGAAACUUCCGAUGAUCAACAGUACUCCUACAGGUAUGACAAUACAGGAAGAUGGCAGCACAUGUGAUGUAAAUGAAAUCGUGCAGGAUCAACUUGAUAUAAAUAUUAAUGGUAAAAAAAGUACUCAAAUAGUGACUAAUAAGUCUUACGUCCAAGACGUGGUGCUAGAAAAGUCUACAGUACAAUCAUCGUGCCCAAUAGCUGAUUUUUUUAUGCAUGCUUUUAACAAAUUGUUUUGCUGGGACGAUGGUGAUACGCAUAAUGCUUCAAAUGAAUUGCACGAAGAUAGUAAUUAUCAAGGUUAUGUACAAAGAUAUAUCUUUGGCGAUGAUAUUAUUACUGUUAAAAACUUAGGUGAAUCACUAUCGUGCAUUAAAAAGUACUUUAUUGAUAUUAUAAGGGAGCAACAAAUCAGUCAAAAAGCCAUGAUCGAAGGGCAAUGCAUUCCCGAUGAAUCUUUUUAUGAUGCAUCGUUCGAUCAAAAAUGA